UUGGAAUUACACAUGCUCCGAAAGUUAUUGAGAAUGGAAAUGGAUGCAUAAAGAUUCAGGAACAGUAAUUACUUCCUGCGUUCCUUGACUUCACUGAUGUCAACGGCGAUCAACCCGAGAAGGACGAAGAACUGAAAGGCUUCUGGUUAACUUGAAAGGCAUGGACUUCUGGAACAAAGCUCGAAGCUUAGCUGAGGAAGCCGCCAAGCGAUCCGUGGACCUCUCCUUCGGCACUUCCAGAUUUUCCGAUAUUAUCGCCGAGACCACCAAGCGCUCCAAGGAAGUUGUCUCUGAGGCUUCCAAGCGAGCCGAUCAAAUUCGAAUUGAAGCCUUGAAGCGAGCCGACCAUUUCAAACACUUAGCCCAGGGAAUUCAUACUCCCGGCGGCGGGGUUGUCCCUCCGCUGGCGGAAUCUUAUGCAGUCAGUUGCGCGCAAGAGAAGGACCUUGAGAUGUUUGGUAUCACCGAAGAACUGAGGGAGUUCGUGAAAGGGGUCACUCCAACCACGUUUCGAGAUUUCCCUCUCGAAGAUGACACGCAACUUUCCGAAGUUCCUACGGUUUCUAAUGUUAGGAAGGAUCUGACUGAAUGGCAGGAAAAACAUGCCAAUCUUGUUCUAUCCGCUGUCAAGGAGAUUUCAAAAUUAAGGUAUGAGCUUUGUCCACGUGUCAUGACAGAGAGGAAGUUUUGGAGAAUAUAUUUUAUACUUAUGAACAGCCAUAUUUCCCCAUACGAGAAGAGGUACAUGGAGGAUGCUAAGCUAGAAUCAUCUGAACAAGCAGAAGAUAAGAAAGCAAUUGAGCCACCAGAAAAGGAAGUAAAAGUUAGGGAAGCAAUUUUACCUCGGGAAGAACAAACAGACAUUGAGAAAGCAAUUGAAUCACCAGAAGCUGGACUGAGUUCCAUUCAGGGAGAGCUGGAAGUUAAAAGGGCGAGCAGAACUUCAUCAGCUGAGCAAGAUUUGGAUGAGUUUCUUCUGGGAGAUAUAGAAGACAUUGAUGAUGACCCAGAUGAUGGUGAUGGGGACUUUGAUGAUGAUUUGGACAAACUGGUGGAUAGUUCGGUAAGUUUGAUAUGUUUGAUUCUACUUCCAGACUGAAUCUCCUUUUUUUUGAAAACAAAAAAUAAAAACAAAAAUCUUCCAAUUCUAAUUCCCCUGCCCUACACCCAGUGUCCUGUGUGCAUUAUUUUUAGUUUCUCUAGGCUUGCACUGAAAAGGUGCUUGUGAGCAACAUAUUAUCUAAGUACUUGGUCAAUAAUUUAAUGUUCAACUUCCUGAAAUCGAGCAGCUACGCUAAACUAUAGAGUUGAAUUCCGUACAUUGCUGCAGUUUGUUUUAUUCCACUUGUUCCCACCAAACGAAACUAAUGUUAUGUUUGAAUACAUAUGAAUUUGGAUUUGGACCAAAUUCCUUAUUUGAGCACUUCAAAAUUUAUCCAGACUCAAAUCCAAAUUUUAUCUCAAUUCUUUUAUAAGUUGUAAUCCUUUUUAAAUUUUUAUUAUUUCAAAUCUCUAUAUGUACCCUUGAAACACCACCUAAUAGUAAUAACCUUUGUUAUUUAAACUUGCAAAAUAAAGAAUUUUAAAUGUAUGGAUUUGAAAUGUGAGAUUUUAAAUCCAAAUCUAUCAAUCUAAACACUAGCUAAAAGAAAUGAAAGCCAAGUUGAAAAUAAGAGGUGCUUUCCAACCAAAGUAGGGGAAGAAUGAGAGACCUUAGCAGUUAAAACCUGUUACACGAAAUCCAAACGCCUUCCUCUCAGAGAAAAACGAAUUUAUACCGUCACAAUACCUUUAUAAUAUUGAUCUGUUGAGUUUUAACUUGAUUUUGGUCCUGAGAUUCUUUUUUUAAUAAAUUGGAAGGUUUGAACUCUAGACAAGUAGACAUUGUACCUCCGCCCAUGUUUACUACUUAAGCUAGCCUAGGUGGCAAAUUGGCUUCAUGUCAUGGUACUAAUUUUGUGUUUAAACUGGCUUGAUUCCACAGGAUGAUGAGAAAGGGAAAUCAUAGAUGUUGAUAGUAAAUACCUGGCCUUGUAAAUGUGUGUGUAUCAUGCCUAUGCAAGUUUAUGAUAAAUUGGUGCGUCGGCUAAAAUCAUGAUAUCACCAUAUGAUCUUUGCAGCCAGUUGUCCCUUUAUUCUAUGGUCUUGGUAGUUUCAUCCUAGUUUGGGGCAGAACAGAAGGUUAAUUGGGACUGUUGUAAAUAAUACUUGUUUAUUUAGUGUUUAAUUAUGUCAAAUUGAUGCAUUUAUCGCUGUCUGCUAGAGGCUUAGAGCUUCUAUAUAUUGUCUCUCUACACAAGAAGGAAACAUAUAUUGCUAUGAGGUCUCUUUUUGUAGAAUGGGUGAAGGUUAGAAGCAAACGUUGUUUACCCAGUGUCGCAGAAUAUCAAAGGAACUAAAAUGCACACUUGAUCUGUGCAUUUCAUCAAGAGGAUAAAGUGAAUUGGAAAAUUAUUAUUUGUUUUCAAAUACUAACUUGAUAGGGAAAAAAUGUGAAUCUUUUGUCCCAAAUGAAGAUAUUUGGAUGCUGGUCCUUCCCCAUACUUCAUCCUCUGACUUCUACGCCAAACCCUUUGAGGAGUGGCUGCUCUGGAACUUAAACCCACGCCUCAUGGGCACACAUUGGAGACUCGGUUUUGGCACGCUUUGCUGGAAGCUAUGGGCGAGUAGAAAUAAAAGCAUCUUUUCAGACGAGCAUGAGACCCCGCGUAAUUUAGUUAUGUCGACUUGUAAUCUAGUCAAUGCUACUGUUAAAACGCAUGAAUUAGUCAGCACUAUAGACCAUGCGAUGUAAUCUGUUUUUUACCUCUGUAAACUCGUACAUAUUUGUUUAAUAUAUUUCCACUUCCACUCUGAAAAAAAAAAUUGAAGAUAUUUGGAAA